GGCGCCGCGCGCAUGCGCGGUGCGGGCGGCGGCGGCGCUGCAGCAGGGAGCGGAGCCGGAGCGCGGGGCAGAGACAGAGACAGAGCCAUGGCUGGGGAUGGCGAGGGACGCGGCCACACACCCGCCGCGGCCGCGGCUGCGGGGCCCGGCCUGAGGGAGCGGCGGCCCUAGGACCGGCCCGGCGGCGCCAGCCAGCAGCGGGAAAAAACAAAUAAAUACAUUGCCACGAAAUAAAAAUUAAAAGAAAAAAAAAAAAAAAGAACCAACCGAAACCGGGAAAAAGCCAGCAGCCCCGGCAGCAACAGCAGCAGCAGCACCGCCACCACCAGCCCGCAGCGCUCGCCCGCCGCCGCCGGCCCGCGGGAGCAACCGGCCGCCGCCAAGAGCUCCGGGACGCCCCGCCGCCCACCAGAUAGAUGUGCGGUCCCGCCGCCCGCACGGCCGACGAUGAACGCGCAGCUGGCGAUGGAGAACAUCGGCGAUCUGCACGGGGUGAGCCAUGAGCCGGUGCCCGCCGCCGCCGACCUGAUGAGCGGCAGCCCCCACCACCGGAGCGCGGUGGCCCACCGCGGCAGCCACCUGCCGGCCCACCCGCGCUCCAUGGGCAUGGCGUCCAUCCUCGACGGUGGCGACUACCACCACCACCACCGGCCGCCCGAGCACGCCCUGACCGGCCCCCUGCACCCCACCAUGACCAUGGCCUGCGAGACACCCCCCGGCAUGAGCAUGAGCAGCACCUACACCACGUUAACCCCUCUGCAGCCUCUACCUCCCAUCUCGACGGUCUCGGACAAGUUCCCUCACCACCACCACCACCAUCACCACCAUCACCAUCCCCACCAGCGGAUACCGGGCAACGUGAGCGGCAGCUUCACGCUCAUGCGGGACGAGAGGGGUCUGGCGUCUAUGAACAAUCUCUACACCCCCUACCACAAGGAUGUUACCGGCAUGGGGCAGAGCCUCUCUCCGUUGUCUGGAUCGGGCCUGGGGAGCAUCCACAACUCCCAGCAAGGGCUGCCCCACUACGCUCAUCCCAGUGCCACCAUGCCCGCCGAGAAAAUGCUCACCCCAAACGGAUUUGAAGCCCACCACCCUGCCAUGUUAGCCAGGCAUGGCGACCAACACCUCACCCCCACCUCCGCUGGCAUGGUGCCUAUCAACGGGAUCCCACACCACCCCCAUGCCCACCUGAAUGCCCAGAGCCACGGGCAGAUCCUGGGCUCUGCCAGGGAGCAAAACCCUUCUGUAACUGGUUCGCAGGUCAACAGUGGAAGUAAUUCAGGGCAAAUGGAAGAAAUCAAUACCAAAGAAGUAGCUCAGAGGAUCACCACCGAGCUCAAGCGGUACAGCAUCCCCCAGGCUAUCUUCGCCCAGAGGGUGCUGUGCCGCUCUCAAGGGACGCUCUCAGACCUGCUGAGGAACCCCAAGCCCUGGAGCAAGCUCAAAUCCGGCCGGGAGACCUUCCGCAGAAUGUGGAAGUGGCUCCAGGAGCCGGAGUUUCAGCGGAUGUCUGCUCUGCGGCUUGCAGCGUGCAAGAGGAAAGAACAGGAGCACGGCAAGGACAGAGGGAACACGCCCAAGAAGCCUCGGCUGGUCUUCACCGACGUCCAGCGUCGAACUCUACAUGCAAUAUUCAAGGAAAACAAGCGUCCGUCCAAAGAGUUACAAAUCACCAUUUCCCAGCAGCUCGGGUUGGAGCUGAGCACCGUCAGCAACUUUUUCAUGAAUGCACGGAGGAGGAGUCUGGAUAAGUGGCAAGACGAGGGCAGCUCCAAUUCAGGCAACUCAUCUUCUUCAUCAAGCACUUGUACCAAAGCAUGAAGGAAUAACCACGAACUGAAACCUCGGUGGAAAAGCUUUAAAAAAUAAAUAAAUAAAUAAAAUAAAGACAGACCAGGACCUCAAAAUAGCAGGUUUAUACUUAAAACUAUUUGAAAAAAAAAUAUUUAUAAGUCCAAAGAAACCAAAGACUUAUUUCACCUGCAUUAUGACUUUGUUCUAAGACACACACUUUAGUAGGAUGACGACUUGCAAAAAAAACAGAGAGGAAGAAGGAAGCGAAAUGGAGGGAACGGAACGGAAAGCAAAGAGAAGAGGAACAGACCACUGGUCUCACACCUUUGCCCAUCAUCAUCCUCACCGUACUUGGCUGUGUAGUGGUUUGGAGCAUAGUGAUUUCCUGUCAUUGAGCAGACAUCUCUUUGGAUACAGCUCUUCACGGCCACAGCAGUUGCCAUGGAGGUGUCAGUGUGUCCGUCCUGCGUGCACCCAGUGGGUAGGGACUUAGGGCUGGUCUCCAGAGAGGGCUGUGCCAGGGCACGGCCCCCAGAGCGUGGAGUCGUCUGAAUUCCUUGGAACGGUAGUGUGAUUUUUGCUGUUUCACAGUUUGAACUUGGCUGGUGCAAAGCCUCGAAACAAGUUCAAACUAGGCAAAGAAAUUUUGAAUGGUACCUAAACCAGUGCAUUCUCUUUGUUUGUUAAGGAAUGUUCAGAUUUAAAAAAAGGAAAACUAUUCCAUCCAUAAAAAAAAAAUCGACUAGCUACCAAAGAACACAUUUAAUAAUUGUAUUGCAGGUAUUUUAUUGCAAUGAUUUUAAUAUUCCAAAGCUAUUUUUACACAAAUACUAUGUAGAGUUAUAGGUAUAAACUAAUCUAACUGUAUAACACAUAAAACUUGUAAUCAAGACUGUUAUUUGCAAUUAGUAAAACCACAUUAUCGUUUCUUUCUGUGAUUGGCAAGAAAGAAUGUCACCCGAGGAGAGCACGGGAACCAGAACGGGAUGCUGCUUCCAUUGAACUCAGUGAGCCCUUUCCUCACUGACUCCAACGGGAGCGCAAGAGGGAGCCGCGUGUGACACCAUGCGUGUGACACCCUGUGUGUGACACUGUCCCCAGGCGUGUCCCGGCUGGAGCCCGGUGCAGCUGCGCUCCAGCGUGGCUCAGCUCUGCCAUCUAGCCUGCGAACAGGGGACCUGAGGCACUCGGGAUGCAAAACUGAAAGGAAUUGAGGGAUGCAAAACCGCAGGGCUCAGCGUCUGAUCAAUACUCAUUGACAUUAGCGAGCUUUUUUUUACCUAUCGACUUUACCAGGCAAUAGUAACAGCUUUGCCGGCUCGUGGUCCUUUCCUAGUGGAAGCAGUGGUAGAACAUCAAUUUAUGUGGGAGGAGCUCCAAGGGGAGCUCCAGGAAUGCUUUUGGAAGGAGGAAUUGGGAUCUCUCUGGAGUCAAGAGCAAAAUUCUCGUGACACCGAGAUAGAGCCCGAUGUUUUGUGGCUUUGUAUCUACGAGUGGCAGGCUGAGCUGGUGUCCCGUGCAUUCUUUCUUGCUCAUCUCUUAGUCAGGAUAAUGCAUGAAAUAGUUUGAAGUUUGUAGCAGAAAAGCUUUAAACGCUCUGUUGCUAACAGACCCAUAGGAGAGAAAUCAUCCCGUUCCUACUCUGAUAAAAUUAAAGAGAAAAGUGUGAAAUAUCUGCAUAUUAAAUUUUAAUGUAAGGGGAAAAUAGACUUUAAGAACCAUACAUGUGCCUGUUAGAUUUCUAACUGGUAUUUCAAAUUACUGUAGUAAUUAUGCUAGGUAUAUUAAAUUCCAAAAUAAGCAAAUAUGCAGGUAUUGGCCCAAUGCAAGGACUAGAAAUAGGUAAUCUUACUUCCAACCUUUUUGUUUUUAAGGAGAAAAAAAAAAGACAAAGGAAAAUUCAAGGUAAACUAGAAUCCAAACACUAUAAACAGUAGCAGAUGCUGGUUUGGGGGAUAAAGCCCACUCAAAAUACCAGUGACACCCAAGUAGAGCAACUUCUGUAGCACCAGUUGUUUCCCAAGAGGACAGGGUCUAGUCAAGGUUCAGGGUAUACAGUUUAUUUCCACCCAGUGUUUAGAAUACAGGUGAAAUAUCUCUUUAUUAAAAUAAAGUUAAAUAAACCAAAUAUUUUUGGCACUGAAUAUUUCUCCAUAUUUCAGUAUGUUAAACCCACUUUAAGGCUGAUAAGGCAAUUAUCUAUGAAAAUGGCAUCUAAUCUGGACUUUUUUGAGUCUCUAGCUUACCUUAAAUUUUAGCAAGCUUUCUUUUGAAGUGUUCCAUCCCCAUGGAGACAUAAUUGACAUGGAAACAUUGAUAAGCUCACAUAGGAAGUACCUUAUGAAUGCAGUCUCAUUAGUGUAAGGUUAGCAAAGGACAGUGAUAACUAAAGGUUUAGUUUUUUUCCAGCAAAACACUGCUUUGUGAUGUACCUAUAGUUUAGAGAAUAAAGCCUUAUUUAUUUAAAACUUGAGAAUUUAAAAAUGCAGGGAAAUUCAAAGUACAUUGCCGCAUUUUUAGUAUUUCCAUUGUAUUGUCUUUAUAGACUACUUGCUGAAACCAAAGAGAACUUUCAUACCAGCAUUAAAUUUGCACCCAAUAUGCAAUUUCAGGAUCUCUGAUACACACACAUGCAAGGCCCUAGACAAACAGGACUGUGUAUAUGUACAUGCACACACAUUUCGAUGGGGUGUAUGUAUGUAUACACGUGCACACACAUGUCCACACACACUAAAACUGAUGCACAAGUUGUAGAUUUUAAGUGUUUUGGGUUUUUUACAUGUCUGUUUAAGUAGAUAUAAACCUUUUGGUUUUCUCUAAGCCAUUAGGAACAAACCACUCUUCCCAUGAGCAAUAUGCGCCUCAUACUCUGAAUAGGCAAAGAACACAAUUCUCCUCAAAUUCCUUCAAAACAUGAAGCAAAUAACUCUGGAACUGCUCAGUGUAGCUGUAAAGCUGUGUUACUUCUGAGCAGACUGCCCAGCCACACCGACUGAAGCACAGACAGGUUACCUGGUGCUCCCUUGCUCUGCCUGGUGCCAUCACCCAACAGAGCAUCCUUGAAGGGGAGUUUCCUCUGAUGCUGCAUUUAACAUUUCCCAGGAAACCUGUCUCUGCCUGUUAGUGUCAGUCUUUCAGCUCAUUUCAUUCUGACAAAAUGGAAAUUGGUUUCAAAUUCGACAAGAGGAUCCAAAACUCUGCCAGGAAGGAAUAGGAGAGGGAGCAGAACCCAAAACAGUCUGGGAGCAUCAGGAGAUGGGGCUUCAGUCAAAGGUGACUCCAAGGGCAGGAGGGCAUUAGGAACAUGCAUUCAGCAAACAGGCUGCAUCCAAACACGACCGCAGUGACCCACAGGGGGAGGCUGGCCGAGAGGUGAACUGUCCUCAUCCAUCCCCAUUGUAAAUGGCAUCAUUUAGAUUUCUAGGAAAAAAAAAGCAAAACAAACUUAAAAAAAAAGUCCUCCUUCAGCCUGCCCCAGAGCGCUCCUUCAGCCCUGUGUGCUCCGCAGGGGUGCGGCCUCCUCUCCUUACUCAGGUAAAGCAAACCCCCCCAGAGCCAGCCAGGCACGGGGCCUGUGCUCGGGAAGUUGCUCCUGCACCCCAGGCCAGGAGCGAAUUCCCAGGCAGGGUGGCCUGGCACGAGAGCAGCCCCAGCGCUGCCCUGGGCACUGCCGGGGCUGCUGCUGCCCAGAGGGCUCACUGACACUGCUGAGCUAAUACCAAAGAGUCUUAGGACACCUCUCCUCACCUGAGUUGUAAACAGGACAUUUUUACCCCAAAAACGUUCCUUCUUUCUACUACUCUUCCUCCUAUCCUCCUCCUCUUCCUCCUCCUUUGUACAUAGGGACGAAAACUAUGCAUUUAGCAAACAAAGAGAAAGCACUUACCCUUUUCUAUCUCACUGCGUUUGGGUGCAUUCAAAGGCCCAGGGGCUAAUUUUGAGACUUUACUUAGCCUCCUGGUUUAUUAUUGUGGUGUGGUUAGCUUUACAAUACAUUUGGUAACUAUUUGCUAAAGACAAAGAAGCAAAAGGUAAGGAAUAGCUACUUCCACGUGUUAAAAAAAAAAAAGAAAAAAAAAAGUGUGUAAAGAUCUACUAUUUAUAGUGUGAACCAAAGACGCUACCUCACUCGAUUUCCAUUGGUGAUUUUAAUCACAUUGAUGAUACCAAAGAAUACCAAAGAUUUUUCAUGCACGGCCUUGGUCUGGAAAGGGAACUCAUCCUCCUUCUUGCCCCCAUCCCCUGACCCCCUUCCUCACCUUCACUCAGUGUGUAACCUUGUCUUCAUUCUUAGUGGUAAUGCUAAUAACCUUAUGAAUACUUCUCUUGCUACAACUGCUACUACUGACGAUGAUAAGGAUAAUAAUAAUAAUAAUAAUAAUAAUAAAGCUCUUGGCAAACAUGUUGCAAACUUUGUAAACUCAUAGGACGAGUGCCUUGCUUGAACCAAAGUGUUAAACCGCUGUUGACCUCUUUAUCUCUCACCUUAUACUCUUUGAAUACCUCAGCCUGUUAGAAAGGCCACUAAUGAAAAAAAGGAAUAAUUCUUCACCGUGGUGCUUUUUGCCGUGCAACCAUGCAAUGAAACUUUCUUUGAUACCAAAGGAAAAUGUUUUUUUCCACUUUUUUGCUGACAAACCAAAGGUUCCCUCUCCUUUCCCCCAAAGCAGCUUGAGUCCCUGAGCCCAGACAGGCCGUGCAUCGCUUUUACCAAUUCCUCCAAAUACCUCAUAGUAAUAAAUCUUUAGGGUUAUGUUGUAUAGAGAGUCUAUGUGAUAAGGCAGAACUUACUAGUUUGAUAAUUGUUAAGGUUACUUAAAAAAAAGCUUUAUAAUUCUUAUUUAUUUUGUAGGGGUUGUUUUGUUUGUAUAUUCCUUUUAUAUUGUUUGGUUUGGGUUUGGGUUUCUUCUUUUUUUCCUUUUUUUGGCAGAACUUCUCUGUUAUACUCAAGGAAGAUCUUAUUCCUGGGAAUGUUUCAAAGUGGGUAAAGAUCGCUGUUUGCAAUGAAUGCAAGAAAGGGAAACAUGGCUUCAAUUACUUUUGUUUCAGCUAGGAUGCUUUGUGUUUGCUAGUCGGUGUUCUUUUCACAGGGUAAAAAAAAAAUAUUCUCUGCUGUGAUAAAUGGUUCCUAUUUUUUCUCUAUAAUGUGCUGUGACUUUUAAUUUAAUUACAUUUUGUAUACGCUUAUUUAAUCACUGCUUUAAUUUAUGACUAUGUAGUUUAAAAAAAAAUUGUAUAUAGUAGAUUCAAAAAUGGCCAAAGCUUUAUGUUACAAUCUUUUCAUUCUUGAUGCUGAGAUGAACUGAAGGAGAGUGCUUCUCUUGACUGCAGGGUGUAUCUUCAGCCUUGUCUUGGCAUGCACUUCCACCCGUGUUACAAACACUGCCAGGUUACCCCCCAGGCCUCCCUUCCCCCAAUUGUACAUGCCAAAAUGAGUGUUUCAAGAUAGUACUUUUGUCACUUAGAAAGCAGAAAGGCAUUAUUAGCGUGUUUUUUCUUUAAUUUAUUUGUCUUUUUCUAGAAAGAUUGCUUUGUGGGUGAGACCCACGCAUCCAAAGAAUUUAAAAGUCGUUUAAUGUUUUAAAAGCACUGGCAUUUGUGAGAGAUUUUGCUGAGUUUUUAUUUUCCUUCGCCAUUCGCACGGGUAGCGCAAGCAAGAAGCGGGCGCGGGCCUCGGGAGAAAAGCUGACUUGAAUCUGGAAACCUUGGGCCCUGGGAGAAAAGCUGACUUGAACCUGGAAACCUUGCUCAUGGAAAGGCCUUUGCGGCGGGCACUGCGACAGCGCAGGCUUGGGGCCACCCUGGGCCACCUGGUCCCCAGGCAGGGCUGCAGGAAUGGCACGGGAUAGGAUGGGAUGGCUCUGGGGGGCUCAGGGCCACCCCAGGCCACCCCAGGCCACCUGGUCCCCAGGCAGGGCUGCAGGGAUGGAAUGAGAUGGGAUGGGAUGGCUUUGAGGGGCUCAGGGCCACCCCAGGCCACCUUGGGUCACCUGGUCCCCAGGCAGGGCUGCAAUGGGGUGGGAUGGAGUCCCUGGGGCACAGCUGGGUUCCCGGGGAAGCUGCAGCUUCUGCCAGGCUCAGGUGGUGCCCCAGCUGUGAGGGAUUGCACAGGGAAUGGAGCUGCCCUGGCAGCCCCGCAGCUCCAGGGAGGACAAGGCAGCUCAGAGUUGAAAAGCAAAAAAUAAAGGAAGGGUAAUGACAAUGAUACUUCUGCAAAGCUGAUGAUGGCAUCAUGGCACAGAGAAUAGGAUGCCACUCACUUGAGGUUUAUUUUGCAUAAAGACUAGAGUCUGGUUCAACCAAAUAUCAUGUACUGACAUGGUUUGUGCUGGCUGUGAAUAUUUCCUGUCCUGUGCAGUAACUGAGCCCCUGUAGCUCGUGUAGCUCGUUUUCCUCUGAGGGGAUAGUGAAGGGGUUGAGGGAGGGAAGGAUGAGGACAGGGUCUGAGCUUUUGGUGGAAGUUACACUUUCUAGGUACAUUUUUAUACUUCAAGUAUUGAAAUGGGGCAAUAAAGAGGCUCUGAAAUGAAGGAUCAUUAAAUGAUCUGUUGGCAGGCUUUGGCUCAGUGUCUGCUUUUAAAUACAGGAGUUGAUGCUGUGCAAAGAUUCUGCUUCACGGGGAGGGGAGGCGAAGCAUUACAGUCAGCGAACCAGCGCGAGCCAUGAGCACUGGCACACCGUGCUCGGGGAGCCGCGGGGUCCCGUCCCGUCCCGUCCCCUGGUUUGGUUUGUCACGGCAUGUUUGCAUUUCCCGCGCUCCGCCCGCGGUGGUUCUGCAGCGGGAGCGCGGGUACGGCCCUGCCCGUGCCCUGCCCUGCCCGGGGACCCCCGCCCGCCCCGCCCGAGACAAUCACCGGCCCCGGCUCCGCAGGGCCAGGAAACCUUCCCAGAGCAAGCGGCAAUUCUUCCAGAGCAACGGAACAAAACCAAAACAAAAACAAAAAGAAAAAAAAAAAAAAGAAAAAAAAAAGGAAAUUAAAAAAAAAAGAGAAAAAUAACGAAUACGAAGCGAAGAUUUUGCUAAAGCCCUUUGCUGCCAUCUUUAGUUCGCCCAUUAGGAAGCAGCAGUAGUUUAUGCGUUGCAUCUGCAUUUCAGACUAAGUGAUUAUUGUACCUAAUUACGGUUGAUUGCUGAUAUUUCCUCACUCUCUCUCUUAGUCAAGCGCUUCUUCUGUAUUUUUGUGUGUAGCGAUGACAAGUGCAGUGCGCUAGGCAUUGCCCUGGGUUGGGUAUGAGUAUCUCCUGUACUGCGUUAAGAUUUCCUUAAGUUACUUUUUUUAAGCUUUGCUACUGUUCUCACUUUAUGCCGUGCAAUAUCAUCUGCUGUGUUUGCUAAGCAAAAAAAAAAAAAAAAAAAAAAAAGAAACAAAAAAAAGAGAAAAAGUAAAAAAAAAAGAAAAAAGCAAGUGAUGAUGUCAUCAUGCUUUUCAGUGUUACAAUGUUUCAGCGUUACAAUGUUUCAGCGUUUAUGUAGUCACAAAAAUGUAGUAAAUAAAAGGUUGGAUUUUCCAGCACUUUAAAUUUA